AUGCUUAAAAUUAAGGAAUUGAAACCUUUUCAACCACAAGAUGAUAAACAAUUCCCCUCACCGUUGCAGCAUCAAUUUAAUAUACUAAGUUGUGAGUUCAUUGUAUUGCGGUUCACUAAAAAACAUUACAAGAAAAAUAAACGGAAAUCGACGAGUUUAAGACCAGAUUUUUUUCUCUUCAUCAUAGCAAAGUCAAAAAUAUUGCACUUGCGAUUUCACAUUAAACGAGAAAUGUUUCUAGCUUUUAUUCUCCCACAUCUCGAUUACUUUCGACAUUUGCGUACAAACACUGAUGGCAGCAGCAGCAAAAACCAGGAGCGCGUGUAUGUCAGCGAAGAUGGGCUUUAUUCGGUGAAGGUUGAAUGGCUGGCAAGAAGGAGAUGGCACAUGGCCACAAAAAUAACAACAUCAUAUGAUAAUGAUUGCAAUGAACUUGCAUGGAAAGUUACAAUCGAAAUAGCUCUUAUCAUAUUUCUUUGCCAUAAUUGUUUUUCAUAUCGGAAAAGUCCACAAAAUGUAUUCGUAGCAAAGCAAGAAAAUAACGCCAGACACUUCACGGCACUUUCAUUUGUGUUUUCAUGUAUUAAAACAACAGCUCGAUUGCAUAGCAAAUCAACAUGUUCGUACAAUCAACAUACAACAGCGCUUUUAGUUUUGCGAGUAAGAUUGAAUAAAGAACCCGUGGUGACUGAGAAAAAGGGAGAAAAAGAUUGUGAGAAAAGCUUUAAAUGUUUAUUUGAGCGAAUAAAAAAAAACAUCUUCGUGGCUUACCUGUUGAAAGCUGUGGGCUCUCCAACACGACUGGUCGGUACAGCUGACCCAUCUCCUGCUCCUCAAGAAAUUGUGCUGCUCGAAAAUAAAACCAAGGGGCAGAUCAUCGGAAAAAAUUGGAGGGCAAAAGCACUAUUGCUGCAUUGA